AUGUCUGCAGAUGAUCAAGUGUUCUUUGACACUUUGUCCUCCGUACCGAAUGAUAUCAAGAAGUAUAGCAAUGAUGUUGCAGAUUAUAUCGAAAGACAUAUUGAUAAGGUAGCUACAUCAAUAAGAGUGUCUCUCGCCUCUGCAGAAUGGAUUCCCCCAUCUGCGCGACCCAAACCACCGCCGUCAACUCAGACUAUCGCUGCAUCUCAAUCAGUAUAUACCCGGAUCGAACAAUGGAUUUCAAGAAACAAGCUCCUCACAAGAGCUAUUAUCGUAGUAAUGGGUGGAGUAAUAUAUUAUGUCAUUAGAAAGAAGUCAAACUACCGCAAAAAACGCAGAGCUAAGCGGGCAGCGACUGGAGCAAGACAAGAAGUUGUGGUUAUUGCAGGAUCCCCAUCAGAACCAAUAACUAGGUCGAUUUCUUUGGAUUUGGAGCGCCGGGGAUUCAUUGUUUAUGUCGUAUGCAAUACGAUUGAGGAAGAAGUCCUAGUACAAAAUGAAUCUAGACAAGAUAUCAAACCUUUGAUGAUUGAUAUCGUUGAUCCAUCAAGUGCCUCUGCUGCAAUCGACAGAUUUACGGCGCAUUUACGAGCACCACAUUCCCCUUUUCAAGGUGGUAAAACCCAUCACUUAAUAUUCCGAUCUCUUAUUCUUAUUCCUUCACUUGCUUAUCCAUCUUCUCCAAUCGCCACUCUAUCGGCGUCGACAUUAUCGGAUCUCCUCAAUACUCGUCUAUUGAACCCCAUUCUCACACUUCAAAACUUCCUUCCUCUUCUCACGGAGUUACCAUUUCAGGGCACUCAUAGCAAGAACUUUCCAAAGCCUUCCGUUCUUGUCUUGACUCCCAACAUCAUACCGUCUCUCUCACCUGCAUUUCACGCUCCCGAGUCCUCCACCACAUCCUUCCUUAAAACCUUUACCCAAGUUCUUACAUCCGAGCUUUCGCCUCUUUCCAUCCCCGUGAUCAACCUCCAGCUUGGAACUUUUGACUUCUCUUUCUUUGGACCUAAGAAUCAACUUCAAUCAUACCGGGGUCGCUCUCCUCCAAACUUAGAUUGGGAUUCAUCAUCCCGACACAUAUAUUCACGCAAUUAUGCUGCCGUAAAUCGGUCAAACAUAGGGGCAGCAAUGGGUUGUGGAUCACAAGGUGGAGGCUACGGAAAAGGUAGUAGUCUCCGAGAACUAAACAAUGCGGUCUUCGACGCGAUGGAAAGGAAGAAUAGUGGAAUCAUUCGAGUGGGUAUGGGAAGCAGCGUGUAUGGAUUCAUUGGGGCAUGGGUGCCUCGGGGAUUGGUAGGGUGGAUGAUGGGAGUUAAGAAGUUCAAGCCGGAACCUGCUGACGACAUCUCUCACGCGAGCAUACCUGGAAGUUCUAGUACAUCUAGCUUUGAGGGUAGACCUUUCACGCCCGAUAGUAGCGAGAUGAGCGGCGGAGCUGGCUUAGCCGGAAGUGAUUAUAUUUCGGUUACGAGUCAGCAGGGAAAUUAG